AUGGCGCUCGAAGAACAGAGAUUCAUCCAUGAAGACCUUGAGAGGUUGGAAGCAGCCAUCGCGGAUCUUGUGGCUCUAGAACCUCGUAAUAUUCGAGACCAAUUGGCCCGUGACCAUGAACUAAAAAAAUUCAUCGAUCGAAUUGAGGAACAGUCCAAGCGACUUCUCGAGAUUUACAAGGAUGAAGACAAACAACGCGAAAAGGAAUUGCUGUCGAUCUCAACUGGUGACCAAUUUCAAGAGUUUCAGAAGCAACUUGACAGCAUAAAAGAUCACCAUAGGCGCUACCCGAAUGAGCCCGUAGACAACCUCGAGCGAGCGUAUCAACGCCGUCUGCAGGAGGGCGACCUGCCGACUACGGAUAUAACCAACAUGUUCUCUGGCGAAGAGGGAUACGGAAAGUACCUAGACCUCACCGAACUUCACGCCCAAUACCUCAACCUUCCUGGCGUUAUUCGCCUGUCCUAUAUGCAGUACCUCGAAAUCUUCGAUUCCUUGACCCCACCAGUCUUUAAUCUCAAACGGAAAGACAAGCUUUCAGACAAAUACUUCCACUAUGUUGGAGAACUUGCAAGUUAUCUUGAAGGGUUCAUCAAGCGCGCGCGACCCUUGCAGAAUCUGGAAUUACUUUUUGCAAACUUCGAAGAUGAUUUCAAUCAAAAAUGGGAGGCGAAGGCCAUUCCGGGCUGGACAGAAGAGAAAGCACAGAACGGAGAGUCUGGUACAGCAACAGAGGGAAUCUGGUGUCCAGAUUGUGAGAAGGAAUUUAAGAAUGAAAAUGUCUAUCGGAAUCAUUUGACCGGCAAGAAGCACAUUCGCGCCGCCGCAGCACGAGAAGCUGCCGGUACAUCUGGUGAAGAGCGCCCGGCACCCGUUAAAAUUACAUCAACUACCAGCAAUCUUAAGGAGCGUGCUAUCGCCCAGCGGGAGCAUCUCGUGCGACUCUUGGGGCAGGAACUCGAUAAAGAGCGACAGGCAACUCGUACCAAUGUAGAGCGCCGACACGGCAUGACAGAGCGUGAGCGCCAACUUGAUAACGAGGCCAUGUUAGCUGAGCCUGAGGUUGAGGCUCGUGGUGCAGAUUCUGAGCAUGAAGAUGACGAAAAGCUCUACAACCCCUUGAAAUUGCCCUUGGCCUGGGAUGGCAAGCCAAUUCCAUACUGGCUUUACAAAUUGCAUGGUCUAGGUGUUGAAUAUUCAUGUGAAAUUUGUGGAAACUUUGUUUACAUGGGUCGUCGGGCUUUCGACAAACAUUUCUCUGAAACUCUCCACAUCCAUGGUCUGAAGUGUUUAGGCAUCACCUCUAACGCCAACAUGUUCCGUGAAAUUACUAGCAUUGACGAUGCUAUGAAACUUUGGGGGAAAUUGGAGAAGGAUCGCAAAAGGGAGCAAGCCUCCCGCGAUAAUGUCGUGGAAAUGGAGGACGAUGAGGGCAACGUGAUGCCAGAAACUGUUUAUCUGGAUCUUGUGAAACAGGGAAUCCUCUAA